ACUCCCAUUAUCGAACCGAAAUAUGCGUAAGACACUGUCAACUUUGGUGAGAUUUGAAUCCAGUGAGCAGAAAGCUGAAGAGAAUACUGCAGGAGCUUUAUUGGACGCUUUUACGGCUCUUGUAAGUUUGCUGAGAGUCUUUUGUCCGACAGUUUUCAGAAAAUGAAAUCUCUAUUUUGUUGUAAUUACAGGUCUUUCAAGGGAGAUCACCGCGUUACACACCAUUCGCUGCAAUUCUCAGAAUGUCCCUUCUUCGCGUUAUCCGUCCUAAAUUGUCUAAAUUCUGUGCUUGUGCAACGAACCGUUUGUGUCAGCAAAAUUACAGCUCACUUGUAGGAAGAGACUUUGACAGCUUAAAAUAUUACCAACCUGACGAAAUUAAGCAACUGCUAUGGACAGCAAACGAUUUGAAGGUUCGCAUGAAAAAAGACAAAGAGUUGUAUCAGCCUCUAGUAGGAAAGUCUUUGGCAAUGAUUUUCCAGAAGAGAAGUACACGAACUCGGGUUUCUUCAGAAUCAGGAAUGAACCUUCUUGGAGGUCAAUCCAUUUUCCUUGGCCCAGAUGAUGUCCAUAUUGGUGUGAAUGAAAGCAUCAAAGACACUGCUCAUGUUCUUUGCCGAAUGUGUGAUGUAAUACUAGCCAGAGUCUAUGGUCACGAUGUGGUUGAUACGCUAGCUUCAGAAAGUUCUGUUCCUGUGAUAAAUGGAUUGUCUGAUCUCUUCCAUCCUCUGCAGAUCCUUGCUGACUUGCUCACGCUACAGGAACAUUUUGGUGAACUGAAGAACUUGAAGUUGGCUUGGGUUGGUGAUGGUAACAACAUCAUCCACUCUCUGAUGAUUGCUUGUGCUAAGCUUGGAAUGGAAAUACGCGUUGCUACACCAUCGGGUUAUUUGCCUGAUACUGGUAUCAUCAAUUCAUGUAAUAAAUUUUCUGCAAAGCAUGGCGGGAAGAUUCAUUUGACGAAUGACCCCAAGGAAGCUGUGUAUCGAGCUAAUGCCAUUAUCACUGACACGUGGAUCAGUAUGGGCCAGGAAGAGGAAUCAGCCAAACGACUCAAAGACUUUGAUGGCUAUGAAGUCAAUUCAAAAUUAGUAAAAGAAGCAGCUGCAGACUGGGUGUUUAUGCAUUGUCUUCCACGACACAAAGAAGAGGUCUCUGAUAGUGUAUUCUAUGGGAAGAAUUCUGUUGUCUGGCAAGAAGCUGAGAACCGAAAGUGGACUGUUAUGGCUGUGAUUCAUCAUUUACUGAAAGACUACCAACCAGUUCAUCCACAACCAAAUUUCUAAUUUUCUAAAGCUAUUCUACAAUGAACAACAAAGUAAAAGUAAAAAUUGUGAUCUAGAAUGCAGUUUUAGGGUUUAGGAGUUUUGUUUUGGGUGUUUUGCCAUUUAAGUAUUCAUUUGUAUUUACUGUUAUUAUGAAAGAAUUUGUUCACAAGU